AUGGGUGGGAAUUUGAAGAUGCAGAGCCACCACUCUGUGGCUGUGAGGUUGAAUGAGCAAAUGGGGGCCAAAAAGGGCUUCACUUUUAUUCAGGCUUACAGAGCUUGGUUCCCAAAGCUUUUGAUGCUUUGGAUUCUGGUGAUGGCUUAUUUGAGCUUCUCAAUCUACAAUUACAUGGAUGCUGAUAACAAAGUGAGAAGAGUUGAAGUGCUUAGUAGCAUGUGUGAUCAGAGAGCAAGAAUGUUGCAAGAUCAGUUCAAUGUUAGUGUCAAUCAUGUGCAUGCGCUUGCUAUCCUUGUUUCCACAUUUCAUUACCUGAAGAAUCCAUCAGCAAUUGAUCAGGAAACUUUUGCAGAAUACACUGCCAGAACUGCAUUUGAGAGGCCUCUUUUAAGUGGGGUGGCCUAUGCACAAAGAGUUGUUAAUUCGGAGAGGGAAAGUUUUGAAAGGCAAAAUGGCUGGACUAUAAAGACGAUGGAGAGGGAGCCCUCACCCAUCCGAGAUGAGUAUGCACCUGUAAUUUUCUCGCAGGAAACUGUCUCUUACAUCGAGUCAAUCGACAUGAUGUCUGGGGAGGAGGACAGAGAAAACAUUUUAAGGGCUAGGGCUACUGGAAAAGCUGUUCUGACCAGUCCGUUCAGACUGCUGGGUUCACAUCAUCUUGGUGUUGUGUUGACUUUCCCUGUUUACAAAUCCAAGCUCCCUCCAAACCCAACUGUGGAGGAGCGCAUAAAGGCAGCUUCCGGGUACCUUGGUGGAGCAUUUGAUGUCGAGUCCCUUGUAGAGAACUUACUUGGGCAACUUGCUGGGAAUCAGGCCAUUAUGGUUUAUGUAUAUGAUGUCACAAACUCUUCUGAUCCCCUAAUCAUGUAUGGUCACCAAUAUGAACAAGACGGUGACAUGUCUCUUCUGCAUGAAAGCAAGCUUGAUUUUGGGGAUCCCUUCAGAAAGCAUCAGAUGAUAUGUAGAUAUCAUCACAGGGCACCAACGUCAUGGACAGCAAUCAAUACUGCAUUCUUAUUCUUUGUGAUUGGUUUGUUAGUUGGCUAUAUCUUAUAUGGAGCUGCGAUGCACAUUGUCAAAGUCGAGGAUGAUUUUCGUGAAAUGGAAGAAUUGAAAGUUCGAGCAGAAGCUGCUGAUGUUGCCAAGUCCCAGUUUCUUGCUACUGUUUCCCAUGAAAUACGAACACCCAUGAAUGGAAUCCUUGGAAUGCUUGCCUUGCUUUUAGAUACAGCUCUAAGUGGAACACAGAGGGAUUAUGCUCAAACUGCUCAGGCCUGUGGAAAGGCACUGAUAGCAUUAAUAAAUGAGGUGCUUGACAGGGCAAAAAUCGAAGCUGGACGGUUGGAGCUGGAACAAGUUCCGUUUGGCAUUCGAUCUAUACUAGAUGAUGUCCUUUCAUUAUUUUCUGAGAAGUCUAGAAAUAUGGGUUUAGAGCUUGCUGUAUUUGUUUCUAAUAAAGUUCCAGAAAUUUUUAUCGGUGAUCCUGGGAGAUUCAGACAGAUCAUUACAAAUCUUGUGGGAAACUCUAUUAAAUUCACAGAACGAGGACAUAUAUUUGUCAAAGUUCAUCUAGCCGAGCCCUCAACGACCAUGAUUAAUGGGAAACUGAUGACUUGCUUGAACGGAGGAUCAGAUGAAGGUGUGCAAACAUCUGAUGGUUGUCAGUUUAAGACAUUAAGUGGAUGUGAAGCAGCUGAUGAUCAAAACAGUUGGGAUACUUUUAAGCAUUUAAUUGCUAAUGAAGAACACAGAACUGAUGUUUCAAGUAAUGUUGCUGCCAAUAAUGAGGCUUCUGAACAAGUCACUUUGAUGGUCUCUGUGGAAGAUACAGGGAUUGGUAUACCAUUACGUGCCCAAGAACGAGUUUUUAUGCCCUUCAUGCAGGCAGACAGUUCAACCUCUAGACAUUAUGGAGGUACUGGUAUCGGCUUGAGCAUCAGCAAGUGUCUAGUUGAACUGAUGGGUGGUCAGAUAAACUUCAAAAGUCGACCUCAUGUUGGGAGCACAUUUUCGUUCACAGCUAAUUUUGGGAGGUGCAAAGAAAAUGCAGUUAGUGACUUGAAAAAACCUAAGUUGGAAGAUCUACCUUCUCACUUUAGAGGAUUGAGAGCAAUACUAGUUGAUGGAAAACUUGUGAGAGCUGCUGUAACAGAGUACCACUUGAAGAGACUUGGAAUCUUGGUAGAAGUUGUAAGUAGCAUCAAGAUGGCUGUUGCUUUUUGUGGAAGAAAUGGUUCUGCUACAUCCGGAAAUAUUGUCCCCCCAGAUAUCAUUCUAGUAGAAAAGGAUGCAUGGAUUUCUGGUGAAGAAUGUGAUCUCAACAAACAGCAUUUGGAAUGGAAACAGAAUGGGCACAUAUAUAAGCUACCUAAGAUGAUGCUUAUUGCAACCAAUUUCGGUAAAGGUGAAUUUGACAAGGCAAAGGCAGCAGGUUUUGCAGAUACCGUGAUUAUGAAACCUUUGAGGGCUAGUAUGGUAGCUGCAUGUCUUCAACAGGUGCUUGGCAUAGGUAAGAAGAGGCAACAGGGGAAGGAGCUGCCUAAUGGAUCUAAUUUCCUUCAGAGCUUGCUCUCUGGUAAAAAAAUCUUGGUCGUUGAUGACAAUAUGGUAAACAGAAGGGUUGCUGCAGGUGCAUUAAAGAAGUUCAGAGCUGAUGUUGUGUGUGUUGACAGUGGCAAAGCAGCAUUGAAUUUGCUUCAAAUACCACACAAUUUUGAUGCUUGUUUCAUGGAUAUUCAAAUGCCUGAAAUGGACGGUUUUGAGGCAACUCGUAGAAUUCGGCAGAUGGAGAGCAUGGCAAAUGGUGAGAUAAAUGGUGGAUUGGAAGGAGUUGCAAGAAAUGGUGAGUGGCAUGUGCCAGUAUUAGCUAUGACCGCUGAUGUUAUUCAUGCCACUUAUGAUGAGUGCCGAAAAUGCGGUAUGGAUGGAUAUGUCUCAAAGCCAUUUGAGGAAGAGAAUCUGUAUCAAGCCGUGGCAAAGUUCUUCAAAUCUAAACCAGACUCAUAGUUCUACUUUUGCUUCACAGAAGCUGCAAACACAUAUCUGCAGGCCUCUGAGUUGUUCGAGCAUCAGCAGCAAUUUUUGAGUAUUGUGCUGGGCCCUGGCUUCCUGUAGAGAAGAGCAACAGUUGGUCCUAGGAGUUUUGAUGAUUCUUAAUGCCUUGAACUCAUUACAGGUUUGAGCAGUCGUUUCUAACCAACUUCAUAACUUGAUUAGUAUCCACUAUCCACUCAAAUGUAUACUAGACAAACCUCCCUUCCCACUUGUAUGUAUAGGAUCAUUAGAAUUGAAGGAGAAGGAGCUUGAUUACUUUCAAAAAGAAGGAGAAGGAGCAAAAUGUGUAAAUCAUAUUCUUUUGCAUCCCUUU